CGGGCGCGCGGGGCGGGCGGCGAGCGGAGCCGGCCGGGCAGCGGCCGCCGCCGUCCCGGAGCGCGCACGCGGGGGGCGGGCAGGCGGGAGGAUGGAGCUGAACUCCCUGCUGAUCCUGCUGGAGGCGGCCGAGUACCUGGAGCGCAGGGACCGAGAGGCCGAGCACGGCUACGCGUCGGUGCUGCCCUUCGACGGCGACUUCGCCAGGAAGAAAACAAAGGCGGCCGGCCUGGUGCGCAAGGCCCCGAACAACAGGUCCUCACACAAUGAACUAGAAAAGCACAGACGAGCCAAACUCCGGCUCUACCUGGAGCAGCUCAAGCAGCUAGUGCCCCUGGGCCCGGACAGCACCCGCCAUACCACACUGAGCCUCCUGAAGCGCGCCAAGAUGCACAUCAAGAAACUGGAGGAGCAGGACCGGCGGGCGCUGAGCAUCAAGGAACAGCUGCAGCGGGAGCAUCGCUUCCUGAAGCGGCGCCUGGAGCAGCUGUCGGCGCAGAGCCUGGAGCGCGUGCGCACCGACAGCACGGGCUCCGCAGUCUCCACCGAUGACUCGGAGCAAGAAGUGGACGUCGAGGGCAUGGAGUUUGGCCCCGGCGAGCUGGACAGUGUGGGCAGCAGCAGUGACGUGGACGACCACUACAGCCUGCGGGGCAGCGGCUGCAGCCACGUCAGCUUCGGGCCCCCGUGCCGGCGGCCUGGCCGCCCCGGCCUCUCGUAGGCGCUGCCCUCUCCGCUCCUCGGCCCGCCCGCCCGCCUGCCCGGCCGAGCGCGUCGACCCUCCGGUCCUUGAAGCCUCUCCACGGGCCCACUGCUGUGCCAUUCUGGAAGCUCCGCCGCCGCCCGGGCUGCCCGCCUGCCGGUCAGGGCCCACCGCGCCGCCCGCUCCUCCCACCCGGGCAGGGACCCCUUCGGGAGGCGGGGCCCAGCUCCCACAUGCGGGAGCCCAGCAUAGCCGCGCACCGCGUGUUCUCAGAUACCCAAUCAUUCCAGAAGUAUUAAAUGUCAUUGCUGCAAACCUCGGCGGGCGCCGUGUGAGGGGCUUAAUGACCACCACGGGGAGCUCAGACCCUAACCCUGGAUCCCAGGAGAAAGGAGUGGACCGAGGAAGGAAGGCGUGGCUCUCCGUCCAUCCGUCCAUCUGUUGGUCCACGUAGGAUCCUGAGGCGUGGACGGAGGGAUCCGUGAAGGGCGGGACUCGGGUGAGCACCCUGGGACCGGUGGGUGGACGGCAGCCUUUGCACCUGCAGGUGUCAGGAGCCAGGGCUGGGCUUCCGGGGGGGCUGCCAGGCUACCCCACCCUGACUUCGGCGGCUUCUGCUCUGUUCUUAGGUCCCUCAGAUGUGCACACGCACGCACCUAGGCACACACGCCUGCUCGCACACACAUGCACACAUGCAGACAGGUGGUCACUGGACCCAGAGGGCACACGUCCCGGGGCCUUCAGGGGUCAGUUGGGCACAUGCUGGCCCCUGGCCUGUGCCUGGUCCCCCCUCCCACCCCCAGCCCACCUGCCCAGACUGCACAGGGCAGGCACCCCUCCCAGCGGGGGCUGGGGGUUGAAACCACGGGGUCCUCAGAGGCUCUCUCACCUCCCUGUAAAACAACACCAAGCAAAAAGUUGCUGCGCAUCCCAGCAGUCCAGAACAGGACUCCCGGGAGAGCAGCUGUCCCCCCAAAACACAGGAGAAACAUUUUUAAAGAUAAAGCGCUCUGCCGACUCGGACUCGGCCGCUGUCGCUGUGUGCCGCCUAUUUCCUGUAUGAGAUUUUUUCUACUCUAUUUUCCUAGCCGUUUUCGCGUCCUUGUUUGCUGAGGGGUGGGAGCGACCCAGCGUCUCAGGGACUCGUCUGUCACUCGUCUGUCGGCGUCGUCCGCGUGUGCCUUGUGUCCCGUGUCUGGCCCCACCCCGACCGCCACCACCAGCAUCUCCCGCGUGGCUCACGGGACGCCCCCAGGUGCCCUCCUGGCCCUCUCCCCACAGCCAAGCCCCCUGGGAGCGAGUCGGCCAGGCCAGGUCGGCCUGGGGGGGCUGUGCGGCGGCAGGGUUCUGCUCUGUCCCCCGGUGGGAGGGGCCGUGACCUGUGGUCCUCCUGACCCCCCCCGCUGCACAGUCUGACCCCCUAGGGUGGGGGGGGGGGGGCGCUAACCCGAAAAGUAGGUUCCUUCCUGCACUCAGCUUGAAGCCUCCCUUCUCCCCGCCCUGAGCAAGGACUCCGGAUGUCAGACACUGGCAGCUUCUGAAGACAAACGUUCACCCUGGGUGAACAGGCCUGGGCAUUAGGAGCCUUCUCCUGGCCUUUUGUCCCCAAGGCAUUGUCCCCGGGGACCACACAGCAAUAUUUUGGUGGGGGGGCUGUGGGCCGACUCAGAGUAGCGUCUGCCCCUCUGUCUGGUGCAUUGUAGCCAAUUUCCAGAUUGCGACGGGGAAGGGGUGGGGAACUUGCGUCUACCUUCGGUCGCGCCAAUGGACACCCCAGGAGGGUGGCUUGCUGAGGCACAAAGGGGUCCCAGGAGAUGACUCUGGCGCAGAACCUGCCCUCCAGGGGCCUGGGAGGGCGGUGGGGAGCAGGCUUGAGGCAGGGAUGGUGCAGGCGGCUGGGGAGACUGCUGCAUGUUGUGGCGGCUGCAAGGCAAACUGCGCUGUUGGUACCUCCUUCCAGCUCCUCUCGGGCCCAGCAUGGCCAGAGGGGCUUCUCCCAUCUGCCUGAGCUUGUUCACUGCGCGUUCCUUGCAAGGACCCCACAGCCUUGGAGCAGGGCAGGAUCACCCACAGUUAAGAGCCUUCCUUAGGACAUGCAACUGCAGGCCCUUGGGGAGCUCUGUGUUCUGAAUUCUAGAGCAUCAAUUCUCCAGCCACCCCCAUCCUCACCCCCAACCCCUGGGAGAGGUUCUCCUCUGGCCUGCAGAGUUCUCCCCAGCUGACCUUCCUGGCUGGGAGAUGCUCAGCCUGUGACUUUGCAGGCCAUGGUUCCCCUGUGGACUGGGGGGGGGGGGGGGGGGGGGCGGGCAGGUUGGUCUCACUCGCCACCCAGGGAUGCUGGGCCCCAAAUUUCUCUCCUCACCACCGGCAGUGAGGUCUGUGCCCAAGACAUGGCUGGAGCUGAUCACGUGCCCACCCCCUCCCCCAGCCACCUGCACUGGUGGCCAGGGGGACCAGAGGGUCGUUAAGAGCAAACCUGAGUGUCAUGGGGUCUGUAGAAAGCAACCAGGACCAGAACAGGGCCCGGGGGGCGGGGGGGGUUGGGCUGCACCUUCCCUCAUGUGCCCUCAUGCCCACGUGGCUCUUGGUGGCCGAGAUCCUGGAAGCCCGAGCUUGGGUUUGGGUCCACACCCUCACGGUGUGAGGCAGCCCCCAGGCCUCAGCACAGGCCCCGCUGGCUGGGGAGGCCAGAGGAAGGCACCCCGCUCCGUGCAGCCCUGGCCCUCCCCACGCAGGGCGGGCCUCCGAAGCACAGCGCCCGAGCUCACUUUCCUGGUGAUGGGGCCGUGCGCCCGGCCACGGUCCUAAAGGCCCCCACCUCCUGUGGGGCUCUGGGUGACCCCAUGUGCUGGGUGAGGCAGGUUUCCCCCACUCUCCCACCCCCGUCUCUCGCAGGGCCAGCUCACCUGGGCCAUCCCCACUGCAUGCACGCAGGACUCUGACCCCACACCUCUCCAGCCAUGUCUUGGACACAGGGCAGGUUCCGCACCAGAGUCAGGGGUCGGGGGGUGCCGCCCAGGGGGCCUGGUGCUGGCCGGGUGGGCAUGUAACAAGAUCCUCGCUGGAAAGAGAGGGCCGCCCCCCCCCCCCCCCAGCCUGUUCACCGGGAGGGACUGUGCUGUACCGUUCUGUCUUUGUAAUAUAAAUACAGAUUUUUAUACCUCA